UACAGACUCCUGAUUUCAACGGGGAGGCGCUAGCCAGCCUGGAGCUGCUCUCACAAAACACGGAGGAGUCGGCUUUUUAAAACAAACAAACAACAAUUAUAACCGCACAGCGUUUGCUUUUCAAACAAUACGCAAGAAGAUUUAGAAACUUUACAAAAAAACAACCCAUAACGAUGAAGAAAACGGUUCGAUAAGAUCUGGAUAAGCGUUGUAAUAUGUGGAAUAGACAACGCCAACGCCUGGAUCUGGGAAAGAUAAUUACUGGGAAGGAAUCGGCGUUGUUAGCACUGAGCAGCGGCGUUUAUUUUAAAUUUUCACGAACAUGGGUACAACAGUGUUAACGCAACGAGGUGCUGUGAAGUUAUUUGCCUUUUGUGUUUUGCUCUCUAGCGCGAUUGCAAGUGAAAGUUCGGCUUUUUACCAAACCUCGCAGCUCUCUUCGUAUGAAGUAACUGUUCCAAAGUUAAUAGGAAAAUCAAAACGGGACCUUGACAAUGCUGUCUCCAAAAAGGUGUCGUACGUCAUACAAGCAGAAGGGAGGGAUCACGUUGUCCACCUGGAAAAGAACGAGCAGUUUCUCCCAAAGGACUUCACUGUGUUUACCUACUCCGACGAGGGGACCUUGAUCUCCAAGCAGCCUGAGAUGCAGCACCAUUGUCAUUACCAGGGUUAUGUGGAGGAUAUUCCCAACUCCAUGGUGGCCCUGAGCACCUGCUCUGGACUCAGGGGGAUGCUGCAAACCGCCAAUGCCAGCUAUGGAAUAGAGCCCUUGGAGUCUUCCUCUGCCUUUCAGCACCUUAUCUAUCGCCUUGAAAACAUCAAGUCCCAACCUUCAGCUUGUGGAGUGGCGGACACACACCCAGAGACAGAAGACGCGCAGCACACAGCCCGCUUUGAUCUGCCAAGCAUGACCCAGCUACUGAGAAGAAAAAGAGAUGUGUUGCCUCAGACACGGUACGUGGAGCUAUUUCUGGUUGUGGAUAAUGAGCGGUUUGAUUUUUCGAACAGGAACCAGACUGCCGUGCGCGAGGAAAUGGUUCAGCUUGCCAACUACAUGGACAGUAUGUACAUUGCCUUAAACAUACGCAUUGUACUGGUGGGGCUGGAGAUCUGGAAUCAGCAGAAUAAAAUCAACAUCGAUGGGAGUGCGGGGGAGGUGCUGGGGCGCUUCGUUCAGUGGAGGGAGAAGGAGCUUGCGGGGCGCAGGAGACACGACAGCGCCCAGUUAAUCCUAAAGAAGAGUUUCGGAGGCACGGCGGGAAUGGCGUUUGUCGGGACUGUGUGUUCAAGGAGUCACGGCGGAGGGAUUAAUGCGUUUCCACACAACAACGUCCCGAUGUUUGCGUCUAUCGUUGCCCACGAGCUGGGGCACAACCUGGGAAUGAACCAUGAUGACGGGAGAGACUGUCACUGUGGCGUGUCUGCCUGUGUCAUGAACUCCGGAGCCACUGGCUCGAGGAACUUCAGUACCUGCAGCUCUGACGACUUUGAGAAGCUGAUUGUGAACAACGGGGGGAGCUGCCUGCUGAACCUGCCCCACCCCGAUGAGGCCUACAGCCCCCCCUUCUGCGGGAACAAGCUGGUGGACAUGGGGGAGGAGUGUGACUGUGGGUCACCCAAGGAAUGUGAAAAGGAUUCUUGCUGUGAAGCAAAGACAUGCAAGCUGAAGCGAGGGGCUGAGUGUGCUUAUGGAGUCUGCUGUAAAAAUUGUCGGUUCAUGCCCGGGGGGACUGUGUGUCGAGGAAGCAGCAACGAGUGUGAUCUCCCGGAGUAUUGCAGCGGGACGUCCCAGCUUUGCCAGCCUGACGUCUUCGUGCAGGAUGGGCACCCCUGCAAAAACAGCAAAGCCUACUGUUACAAUGGGGUGUGCCAGCACUACGACGGGCAGUGCCAGGCUAUCUUCGGACCAAAAGCCAAGGCUGCUCCUCAAGUCUGCUUCAAAGAUGUCAAUCUGAAGGGAGACAGAUUUGGAAACUGUGGUUUCCAGGGUAAUGGCUAUAAGAGGUGUGAAAGCAGAAACGCGAUGUGUGGCAAGCUGCAGUGUGAGAAUGUGGAAACCCUCCCAGUGUUUGGCAUCCAGCCUUCUAUCAUCCAGACCCCCAUUGGCAACACCAAGUGCUGGGGAGUGGAUUUCCUGCUGGGCUCCGAUGUGCCGGACCCUGGCAUGGUGAACGAAGGAACCAGGUGUGAAGAAGGCAAGGUUUGCUUGAAUUACCAAUGCGUGGACGCGUCCAUUCUUAAAUACGACUGCGACAUGGAGAAGAAGUGCCAUGCGCACGGGGUCUGUAACAGCAAUAAGAAUUGCCAUUGUGAGGCAGGCUGGGCUCCCCCAUUUUGUGAAAGCAAGGGGUAUGGCGGUAGUGUUGACAGUGGGCCCGCUUACAAUGACAAGGAGCACUCGCUGCGGGACGGGCUGCUCGUCUUCUUCCUCCUCAUCCUUCCUCUCUCGCUGCUCGGCUUGUUCGCCUUCUUCAGGAGGAAUGAGCUGAAGAGGCAAUUCUGCAGGAAGAAGAGAUCCCAGACCUACGAGUCUGACGGCAGGGCUCAGCCAGCAGCAGCAGGCAGAGGACAGACCCCACGAAGUGCCUCCAACAAUAUAGUUAAAGGAGGGCACCAGGUUCAGUUAUUACCACCAGAAGAGGUUGUGCAAACAAUUCGGACGGCAGCUGUGCCAUCGUAUGCAGUGAGGGAUCCUCACACAACCCCGUUAAGACCUCCUCCUCCUCCUGUCAAGCAGCCAGUGCCUCAGAGACCUGCCCCUCCACCACCGGUCUAGCCUGCAGGUUUGGUGCCACCAACUUGACUAUGUGUUCAUACCUGAAAGAGUGACCAAACGAAGUAUCCAAACGAACUGCUGUUUUAUAACUACCACCCACACUGCUGCAGCACUCUUCUCAGAAGAUCUCGAGGAACGGGGAAUGCAAUACCUCCAGCCAAAGGAUUUCUCUGUGUUGUGUGUUGUUUUUUUUUUUUUUUUUAAAUCAUGCUCGGAGUCCUAGGAAUGUACAGGUAGCACAUGGGCAAAUUUAAAUACGAUAGAGAUGCAAGUUUUUAUUAUUAUUAUUAUUAUUAUGAUGAUGUUUUAUUUAAUGCUGUGUCAGGACACACGUAGUGUAAACCUGUUGAUUUUACUUCUGAAACUUUUUGGAGAAAUGCAGUUUGCUUUUCAACAGGAUGGACUUUGCUUCAGUCCAGCUCUGAACUCAGAACCACUCUUUCUUUCCCAAGUUUGUUCUCCCCAAUUUCCCUGCAGUACUGGAGGGAUCUGCUGGGUCAGGGGUGUCUCACCUUGCAGUAGAGCUAAUUUAGAUCUUGCAAUACAUGGGAUGAUCAGGGUAUUGCGACAUGCCACUGAAGUGCAAUAAGGCAGAA